AUGACGUCGGUACUCGGUACCUCGGCUGUGCUGCAGGGCAUGGCCGACGCCUUGCCAACACACCAACAAGCCGACGAGAGCUCCGACCUGGCCAGCUCCUACGAGGCCAUCGCCCUGCUCGUCCAUGCAUACCUGGCCGCUCUCAAGUUCCGACUCUGCGGCUUUGACCAGGAUAAGCCAAUGCGUAGGUGCAAGCAUCCACCACCCGCCACCCCGCCCGCCAGCAUCGCUGCGUCAAUGUCCACUAACCAACACGGUUGCCCGCGCGUAGCCGACUGCGAGUCCCUUGCGCCUCGCCUCCCGCCAAAAUGGAACGCUGGCUUCAGCUCCCUUAGCUUCAUCUACAAGCACAAGCAAUCCUCCAUGGACUUUGUCUUCCGCAUCGACCGAAUGGGGGCCAAAGUCGAAGUCCGAGGCCUGGCUGUUGGCGACGAGAACAUCCACCGCUUCGAGCGCACCGUGCGCGACAUCGUCAACUCGAGUGCCCUCCCUGUACGGAUAACCAUGGUUGAAGGACAAGAAGACCGCUCCGACUUGGUCGAGAAGCUGCGAAGCGUCUUUGUUUCGGAAGAGGCAAUUUCCGGCUUACUGAAUGAUCUCAAGGUCGAGAUUGUCCAGAAACUCAUCCCAAGACUUCAAAGCGAAGGCUACGUCGAAACAGAAGAUGCCGAGCAAACAGCUCGUUCAGAACGCCGGGACCAGGAACGGCGGAACUCCCAACGUCCUUUCAAUCCCUCUGUAGAGCCCAAUAUCCCGUAUGACCCUCCAGGGCACCUUCCCGAGAUGGCCCGGCCCCGGCCCGGCGCUCCAGUGGGUGACUUCCUGCCACCUGGAUUCGAAGAUGAAUACGAGAUGAAUCGGCCACCUCGCAUCAACCCGAUAGCCAUGCCUGGCGGCCGCCAUCCACUCAAUAUCGGUCACGACGACUUGAAUCCUCCGGGCCUGGGGCCUCAUGAUCCUCUUCGGGGCUCGUUUGUCCCAGGUGGCCUGCCACAUCCAGGAGCACCCGGUGGCAUGCAUCCAACCUUUGACGACCCUCUGUUUACCGGACAAGGCGGCAAUGGAGGUUAUGGAGGCUAUGAUCCACAGGCUCCCCCUGGUGCGCGAUGGGAUCCCGUUGGACCGGGCGGGACGCCAAGAUUUCCUGGUCCAGGCCGGGGGGGCGGCAACCGCUCCUUUGGCGGAUCUGGAGGUUUUGGUGGCGGCGUUGGCGGAGGACAUAUCAUCUGA